UUCCCCAUUCCCCCCCUCCCGCCCGACCUCAAUCCCCCCGCGACGAGAUGGCCCGCACGAAGCAGACGGCGCGCAAGUCCACCGGCGGCAAGGCCCCGCGGAAGCAGCUGGCGACGAAGGCGGCGCGCAAGUCGGCCCCGGCGACCGGCGGCGUGAAGAAGCCGCACCGCUUCCGCCCGGGCACCGUUGCGCUCCGCGAGAUCCGCAAGUACCAGAAGAGCACGGAGCUGCUCAUCCGCAAGCUCCCCUUCCAGCGCCUGGUCCGCGAGAUCGCGCAGGACUUCAAGACCGACCUCCGGUUCCAGUCCUCGGCGGUCGCCGCGCUGCAGGAGGCCGCGGAGGCGUACCUCGUCGGGCUCUUCGAGGACACCAACCUCUGCGCCAUCCACGCCAAGCGCGUCACCAUCAUGCCCAAGGACAUCCAGCUCGCGCGCCGCAUCCGCGGGGAGCGCGCCUAGGCUCGUCGCCGGUGGCGGCCUGGAUGCUAGUAGUAGCUCGUAGUGGUGGAACUGCGGAAGGAAUGCUGUAACUUGCAGUGCCUGUCAGAUGAUUUCAGCCUCUGGUUUUUACCAAUGGAGAUCUCCUAGGUGUCGUGCUGAAUUCUCUCUCGCGCAUCUUCGUUCUGCUGAUUGGGCUUUACCAGCGGAACGAUUUCUUCGGUGUGUGAUCGGAGCAUGUGAAAUCUCCUGCCUGUGUUGAGCGUUGUGGUCUGUUCCCUGAUGAAGAAGAAAACCAUGGUGCUACCAACGUGGUGUUCGUCUCUCGAUCUCGAUUCUCGAAGACGGCCCUGCUGCAGCAGUGACGUGCUGGGCCGUCAAGGUUGGGCGAUUUCGUAGCUCGGCCCACUGUAGUGAUGACAAAAGCCUAGUUAGCAGCAGUUUUUCAGCCCC